AUGAACAUACUUCUCCCUGUCCACCCUUACUGGCACAGCCUUGUAGAGGCAGCUGGGUCAACUCAGAGUGGCUCUGCUGGUGGCUUCUGGCUACAGGAAUGUGGCCCUGGGAACAUGCAGUGGUUGGUGACUUUCAGGGAUGUGGCUAUAGAAUUCUCACAGGAGGAGUGGGACUAUCUGGACCCUGCUCAGAGAGACUUGUACAGAGAUGUGAUGAUGGAGAACUACAGCAACCUGGUCUUACUAGGACUCUCUAUGUCUAAGCAUGAUAUGAUUUUCUUAUUGGACAAGGGAAAGAGCCCUGGAUGCAAAGGAACAUGGUGGGAGGAUGCUGCCCAGGAGCCAUAUCAGUGAAGAUGUUGCUGCACGGGAUGUCUGACAUUUUCCUGCCAAUGUUUUCCUCUAGGAUUUUUGUGGUUUUAUGUCUAUAUCCUCUUCAAGAAAUGGUGUUGAGAGAUCUGGACAGCU